AUGACCAAGAUCCUCUGCGUGGCCGAAAAGCCGUCCAUCUCCAAGGCGGUUGCCGGCCACCUCUCAGGCGGCCAGUUCCAGACGCACAAUACACGCGUCACGUACGUCAAGAACUACUCCUUCAACUUCGACUUUGGCCCGCCAUGGGGCAGCUGCGAAGUCACCAUGACCUGCGUCCUGGGCCACCUCACUGGCAUGGAGUUUGGCCCCGAGUUCAAGGACUGGAGGUAUCCUCCCCCUGAGAGCCUCUUCACUGCACCCGUCUCCACCAAAACGGCAGAGGACAAGAAGGAAAUCGCCCAAAACAUCCAGCGCCAGGCCCAGUACGCGAGGGCCCUCUUCAUAUGGACCGACUGCGAUCGGGAGGGUGAGCACAUCGGCAGCGAGAUCGUCGAGGAGGCCCGCAAGACCAAGCCCGGCAUCCAGGUCAAGCGCGCACGGUUCAGCAACAUCGAGAGGGCACACAUCUUGCAUGCCGCCAAGAACCUCGCCAACCUCGACGACAGACAGGUCCAGGCCGUGCAGGCGCGAAUCGAACUCGACAUCCGGAUAGGAUUUGCCUUCACCAGGUUUCUCACCAACAAUCUCCGAACACUGGGCGGACCUCUGGCAGAGCACAUGCUGAGCUACGGCUCAUGUCAGUUCCCAACUCUCGGGUUCGUUGUUGACCGGUACUUUCGCGUCAAAAACUUUGUGCCCGAGCCCUUCUGGACCAUCAAGCUUGUCGUAAGCAAAGACGGCAAGACGGCAACUUUCAACUGGACAAGAGGCCGGCUUUUCGAUCGUGUCUCAGUUGUGAUCCUCUACGAGAGAUGCCUCUCGGCAAAAACAGCCAAGGUCACCAAGGUGCAGGAGAAACCUACCAAGAAAUGGAAGCCGCUGCCCCUGACCACGGUAGAGCUACAAAAGAUGGCUACCCGAUUCCUCCGAAUCACGGGACAGCAGGCAAUGGAUGUGGCCGAGAAGCUGUACCAAAAAGGCUUCAUCAGCUAUCCGAGAACAGAGACAGAUCGGUUCGACAAGGGCAUGAAUCUCCGCGCCCUUGUGCAGAAGCAGACGCAAGAUGGUCGAUGGGGAACCUUCGCCCAGGGCUUGAUGGACGGCGGCUUCCAGCAGCCCCGGAACGGAAAGCACGACGACAAGGCACAUCCACCCAUCCACCCCAUCACGUAUGCUGCAUCUGGAGCCUUGAACGACGUCGGGCCCGAGGCGGGGCGGUUGUACGAGCUGGUCGUCCGGAGAUUCCUAGCCUGUUGCUCUGAGGACGCCAAGGGAAUGGCUACUGAUAUGCAUGUCCAGUACGGGGACGAGACAUUCCACGCACACGGCGUGGUCGUCCUGGAGAGGAACUACCUGGAUGUCUACCCGUAUGAGAACUGGACCGACUCGGCGCAGCUGCCCAGACUGACCAUGGGCGAGCAUGUCACGCCAGUAGAGGCCAUGAUGACAGAAGGAAAGACGACAGCGCCAGGACACCUGACUGAGGCGGACCUGAUUGCGUUGAUGGACGCCAACGGCAUUGGGACUGACGCCACCAUGGCGGAGCACAUACAGACCAUACAGACCCGGCAGUACGCCCGCACGAUCGAGGGGCCUGGGCGUGGUGGCGGGGCCGGGGCUGACGAGGAUCAAGCAGCACCGCCAGCAGCAGCAGCUAGGGGAGGGCGUGGAGGACGCGGACGUGGCAGCCGCGGGGGCGCCCGGGGAGGGAGAGGGGGCGCUGCCGGCCGUGGAGGCGGCGGGAAAGGUGGCGUCAGAGUCUUCAUCCCUACACAGCUCGGGGUCGCACUCAUCGAGGGCUUCGACCGGAUGAACUUCGAGACGAGCCUGGGCAAGCCCUUCCUCCGGCGCGAAAUGGAGGCCAAGAUGAAGGCCAUCUGCGAGGGUCGCACAACCAAGGAUGUGGUGCUCAAUGAGAGCGUGCGACAAUACCGCCGCGUCUUCGAGCAGUCGGGCGAGCAGCUCGACGUCCUCAAACGAGCAUGCAGAGAGUACAUAUUCGGCGGAGGGGCCUGA